AGAAUCAAAACCCUCACCAAAUUUCUCUCUCUCUCUCUCUCUCUUUUUCUCUCCCCUUCUAAAAACCCAAACCCUCGCUUGUGGCGGCUGACACACCAACCAGUUCUCGCUCUCUCUCUCUAGGGUUUCGCGGGUGAUCUAUCUAUCUGUCCGGUUAUGGCUUCCGUUACUGCUCCCGCUGAUCAAACUGCAGAUUUGCUCCAGAAGUUGUCACUGGAAUCAAAGACCAAUACUUUGGAAAUCCCUGAACCAACCAAGAAGGCCUCUGUUGACUCCACUGAUGUGACAAAUGGUCAGACCCAGUCUGGUGACAGGUCUUUGACACCUUUGUUACCAGAUUUUAUUGAUCCAGCAGUUUGCUAUGUUCCUAAUGGCUAUCCUUACACUGCUUAUCACUAUGGGGCAUAUGAUGGGACAGGCAAUGAGUGGGAGAACUAUCCAAGAUAUCUUAAUCAAGAUGGAGUUGAGAUGCCUGGAGUAUAUGGGGACAAUGGAUCCCUUUUGUAUCACCAUGGGUAUGGUUAUGCUCCGUAUGCCCCUUAUUCACCUGCUACUUCUCCUGUUCCAACUGUGGGACAAGAUGGCCAGCUAUACGGGGCUCAACAGUACCAGUAUCCAGCUCCAUAUUUCCAGCCCAUGACUCCAACAAGUGGUGCUUACCCUACUCCGGCUGCCCCAGCCAAAGGUGAGAUACAAACCUCUGCAGCUGUUGAUGAAGCACCUUUGUCUGUGGAUUCUGCUAAAGGAAAUCCUAAUGACAUUGCAAAUGGUGGCGUAAAGGGAACAAAUGGCUCAGCACCUGUGAGACCUUUAUACCAGAAUUCGUCCUAUAAUGGAAAUGCAAAUGGCUCAUUUGGAAGAGGUACAUUGCCUGGCGGGUUUGCUUCUGGAUAUCAUGAUCCGAGGUUUGCCUAUGAUGGAAUGCGAUCUCCUAUCCCAUGGUUAGAUGUAACAUCGUUUUCAGAUGGGCAGCCUAGACCAGUAUCCAGCAGUUCAAUUACCUCUGCAAGCAACAACAGUUCAUCAAGGAACCCGAGCAUUCGUCCUCAUCUGAUGGGGUUGCAUCAUCCUAGGCCUAUAUCUGGAAUGAAUGCUACAAAUGGAUAUGUCAAUAGAAUGUAUCCAAACAAAUUGUAUGGUCAGUAUGGAAACACAUAUAGAUCUGGUGUAGGUUAUGGUUCUAAUGGUUAUGAUUCACGCACUGCCAGUCGUGGUUGGUUGUCUGUAGAUAACAAGUUUAAGCCUAGGGGUGGUAGAGGAAGUAGUUACUAUGGGUAUGGGAAUGAGAACAUGGAUGGUUUGAACGAGCUGAACCGGGGACCAAGAGGUAAAGGUACCAAAACCCAAAAGGGUUUUACGCCAGUUGCACUGGCAGUUAAAGGGCAGAACAUUCCAUUGACCAAAACAAAUGAUGAUGAGAAAGAGAAAUCAAGCCUGGUCCCCGACAGAGAUCAAUACAACCGCUCAGAUUUUCCCGUGACUUAUGAUGAUGCCAAGUUUUUCAUUAUCAAGUCUUACAGUGAAGAUGAUGUCCACAAGUGUGUCAAAUACGAUGUGUGGGCUAGCACUCCUAAUGGUAACAAGAAGCUCAAUGAAGCAUACCAGGAGGCUCAGCAGAAGUCUGGGGGCUGCCCUGUUUUCCUCUUCUUUUCGGUUAAUACCAGUGGGCAAUUUGUUGGUGUUGCUGAGAUGAUCGGUCCAGUUGAUUUCAACAAGAAGGUUGAGUAUUGGCAACAGGACAAAUGGAUUGGCUGUUUUCCCGUAAAGUGGCACAUUGUGAAGGAUGUCCCAAACAGCUUGUUGAAGCACAUUACCCUGGAAAACAAUGAAAACAAACCAGUGACUAACAGCAGAGACACUCAAGAGGUUAAAUUGGAGCAAGGCCUACAAGUCCUCAAGAUAUUCAAGGACCACGCUAGUAAACAAUGUAUACUAGAUGAUUUUGAAUUCUACGAGGAUCGUCAGAAGAGAAUUCAAGAGAAAAAGGCUAAGCAUCAGCUUUACCAGAAGCAGGUGUGGGAAGGGAAGACCACAGAUGAGAAGAAGAAAGAAACUACUAAUGGAGAACAAAAGCCUCAGACACCAACUGAAGUUGUAUCUGAAGUGCUGAACAAGGAAGCAGCAACCCCUUCUGAACAGGUAAAUGGGGACGCCAAAGUCGUAGAGAAUGGGUCAGUUGCAAAACCCGGGGAUGUUAUAAAGGGCGAUAAUCAGGUUGUGUCAUCAGACGAUAAGGCAAUCGCUAAUGGGGUUGUAAAUGGCUGCUAGCUCCAGCUUGUUCUCUAGGGCAGCCCAAGCAUUCGAUGUUCGUUUUUCAACGAGGAGCUUUUACCAAAAGGAUAAAAGAGUAAAUUUUAGACACCUUGGGCUGCCCUGUGUAAACUUGGAGUUGCUGAUGCUUAAAGAAUCUUUGACGAGGAACAAUGGUAAAGCUAGCAACAAUGCUGUGAUGAUUUCAUAUACUCUAAGGACCAGAAGAGAUAUGAAACCCCAUGCUUUUUUUUUUUUUUUGCCUCCUGAUGGGUUAGUUUCUUUAGUGGCCUAGCUUCUAACAUUUUCACCAUCCAUAUGGUUUUAGUUUACUACUUUUUGUUUUGUUGGGGAGAUCUCAUUUCUUUUCCUUUUGUUUUUUGUUUUUUAUAGUUUGGUUUUUGAGUUUUCUAAGGUUUGGCAACAAUCCUAUCUUGUAAUUCUAGAUUCUAGAUGGACUCUGUUCGGGUUUGGAGGGUGGUUACUUGUGUACUUUUGAUGAAGGAGAUAUAUACUUAAAUUCAGUUAAUUUAAUUGCAAUAGCUUUUACGUAUCGAUCA